AUCCUCUUUCACCCUCUGCUCAGGAAGGACAGCCAGCCUAUUUUGACAAUGCUUACAGAAAAGUGCUUGGGAUUUGUUUAUUCUGCACUGUAUCUCUGGUCAUCCAUGUUCUUCUCUUUCUUUAAAGUCUCUCAGCAAGGUGAAAGUCAGAGACGCUUGUACAGAGAACUGCUGAGAAACUACAAUCGUCUAGAACGACCGGUAGUGAAUGAUUCCCAACCUAUCGUAGUUGAGCUCCAGCUUUCUUUGCUGCAGAUAAUUGAUGUGGAUGAGAAGAAUCAAGUGUUGAUCACAAAUGCUUGGCUGCAGAUGUCAUGGGUUGAUGUAUACUUGUCUUGGGAUCAGUAUGAAUACCCGGGGGUGCAGAACUUGCGAUUUCCAGCCGACCAGAUUUGGGUACCAGACAUUCUUCUGUAUAACAGUGCAGAUGAAAGGUUUGAUGCGACAUUUCACACAAAUGUGCUGGUGAAUUACUCUGGAUCCUGCCAAUAUAUUCCUCCAGGCAUUUUGAAGAGCACCUGUUACAUUGAUGUCCGCUGGUUCCCUUUUGAUGUGCAGAAGUGUGAUUUGAAGUUUGGCUCCUGGACUCACAGUGGCUGGUUGAUUGACCUGCAGAUGCUCGAGGCUGAUAUUUCCAACUACAUUUCAAAUGGAGAAUGGGAUUUAGUGGGUGUCCCAGGAAAGAGGAAUGAGUUGUACUAUGAGUGCUGCAAAGAACCAUACCCCGAUGUGACAUACACCAUCACCAUGCGUCGACGUACCCUCUACUAUGGCUUGAACCUACUCAUUCCCUGCGUUCUCAUAUCUGGCUUGGCACUGCUUGUUUUCCUUUUGCCAGCUGAUUCAGGGGAGAAGAUUUCUUUAGGUAUCACUGUCCUUCUUUCCCUGACUGUAUUCAUGCUUCUUGUGGCUGAGAUCAUGCCUGCAACUUCUGACUCAGUCCCACUAAUAGCUCAGUAUUUUGCCAGUAUCAUGGUCAUCGUUGGUCUGUCUGUGGUGGUAACAGUGCUGGUUCUGCAGUUUCACCAUCAUGACCCACAAGCAGGAAAGAUGCCCAAAUGGGUCCGUAUCAUCCUGUUGAAUUGGUGUGCCUGGUUUUUAAGAAUGAAAAAACCUGGGGAAAAUAUAAAGCCCCUCUCUUGCAAAUACAGCUAUUCCAAGCACCACCUGAGUGUCAACAGCAUGGAGGUGAAUGUCCUGCCUGGGCACCAGUCCAGCAAUGGCAACACGAUCUACAGCUACCAUGUGAUGGAUAGUCCAUGCUGCCCCCAGAAGAAUGAUCUGGGCACCAAGACUGGAAAGAUUACUAGCCCCUUAGCAGAAGAUGUUGAGCUUGCUCAAAAGAAAGCUUUAAUGGAUACUAUUCCAGUGAUUGUGAAGAUCCUGGAGGAAGUUCAGUUCAUAGCAAUGCGAUUCAGGAAACAAGAUGAAGGAGAAGAGAUCUGCAGUGAGUGGAAGUUUGCAGCUGCUGUCAUAGACAGAUUAUGCCUCGUUGCAUUUACCCUUUUUGCCAUCAUUUGCACAUUUACAAUACUCAUGUCUGCUCCAAAUUUUAUAGAAGCUGUUUCAAAGGAUUUUGCAUAAGGUUUUCCAAGAUGAGCAUGAUAAUUUAAAAGUGAAUUUUGCCAGUAAUUUUGUUAGAUAAUUUAACUUAAAUAGAGAAGUGUACUUAUAUGUCCUAACAUACACAAAAGGGGAUGAAAAUAAUUUCAGGACAUAAUUAUUCCUAAUGUUAGUAAUUAUAGUUACUGAAUAGUAAACAUAUUGAGCUCUGUUACUUAUUUCAUAGACUAGUGCCACAUAUAAUUAUGUCAUGAUCUGUGACAAGUGGUAGAAAAGAAUUUAAAUCUAUGAUAUAUUUAUUACAAGCUAACACUAGUAUCAAUGUGUUACUAUGAGUUUGUGAACUUCUGGAUAUUGUUAAUUUAAAUGAUCAUUGAUGACUAUAAGUUUUGCAGCAUUUUGUUGCUUUCAGUAUAUUUGUGUUUUAUUAUUUUUAUUUUGUGCGGAUGUGACAUGCACAUCUCAGAUUUGAGAGACUUAUCUCCACAGUCUCAUGAUUCUGUAUAUUG